UAGGACCAAGUCUAGUUUAGCGCGCGCACAUUUUCAAGAUGGCGGGUGAGUGUCCGAACGAAUUCAAACUCGGUCAAGCUCCCGAAGACGGCAUUUCUGCAGUGAAAUUCAGCCCUACUUCAUCAAGCUUUCUCCUAGUAUCUUCCUGGGAUACUUCUGUUCGCCUCUAUGAUGUGCAAAAUGAUGACAUGCGCCUCAAGUACAACCACUCAUACUCUGUGUUGGACUGCUGUUUCCAAGAUGCUGUACAUGCCUUUAGCGGAGGAUUAGACAAUAAUCUAAAGAUGUGUGAUUUGAAUCAGAACCAGGUACAGACUAUAGGUUCACAUGAUGAUCCCAUCCGCUGUGUCGACUAUUGCCAGCCCUUGGGUCUGAUUGUGUCUGGUAGCUGGGAUAGUUCAAUUAAGCUAUGGGACCCUCGUCAGAAACAAUGCACCGGCACUUACAAACAGCCAGCAAAGGUGUACACAUUAGCUUUGGCUGGCGAACGAUUAGUUGUGGGAACUGCUGGUAGAAAAGUCAUGGUCUGGGAUCUCCGCAAUAUGGGGUAUGUGCAGCAGAGGCGAGAGUCAAGUCUGAAAUACCAGACACGAUGUAUAAGAUGUUUUCCCAACCAACAAGGUUACGUACUGAGCUCAAUUGAAGGGCGGGUUGCUGUGGAGUACUUUGAUCCUAGUCCUGAAGUGCAGAAAAAGAAAUUUGCAUUCAAGUGUCAUCGCACCAAGGACAAAGAGAUUGAACAAAUAUACCCAGUGAAUGCUAUUGCAUUCCAUAAUAUGCAUAACACGUUUGCCACAGGAGGUUCUGAUGGCUUUGUUAACAUCUGGGAUGGCUUUAACAAAAAGAGAUUGUGUCAGUUCCACAGGUACCCCACAAGUAUAGCUUCCCUUGCCUUCAGCCAUGAUGGAAGCCAGCUUGCAAUUGCUUCAUCUUACAUGUAUGAGGAGGAUGAGAAAGAUCAUCCACCAGAUGCUAUAUUCAUAAGGACAGUGACAGACACUGAGACAAAACCAAAGUAGAAUCCAUUAACAAGAUGGGGAUCUUUCUAAUGACAAGUUUUUCCAAAGAGACAUGUUGCCAAACAAGGCAUAAAUGCCUGGGAAUAGUUGUAUAUUAGGGGAAUUGAAUCAGCAUUCCAAUUUUUACCUCCUCACUACCAAACCUCUAUACUAUCUCUUUCAGACUAUACAAUGUAAAAUAUGUUUUUUAUAAGUAGCAUACCAUAGACCAUUUUUUUUGUUUUCAUUUUAGACAAAAAGAGAAUUAUGGCUGCACUCUAUUUGUACAACUCUGCCCUCAUUUAUUUAUAAUUCUCUCCUAUGUAUAAUUGUACAAAUAGUAUACAAACAAAGCAUUUAAAAGCUAUUCAUAAAAACUGUAGUGUUGUUUUGACAAUAAAUACAUAAAAUAACAAAA